GUUUSAUUUGGUUGCAACGGUAGCUGGACUUCCUGUGGUAGAUAUUUGACCUCGGGGGGGCUUGGUAACUGAACUUUCCAACAUGGCGGUCGAGGAAGCCGAAGAGGGAGAAGAAGRAAACGAGCCUCCAAAAACGGACCAACAAAAGACAAAACUUAGUCAUAAAAAAUGGAGACGUCUUCUUCAAAAGGAAAAGCGCCGGGUAAAACGACAACAGCUGGCAGAGAAGCGAAAACAACUGGACGAGCAAGAAAAAUGGAGGCUUGAAAAUGACUCCUUGUACAGAGCAAGGCAAGAAGCCAAGGAAAGGGCUGAAGAAAAAAGGCGGCUUCAAGAGAUGGAGGAAAGUAAGAAGCAGGAGAAGUUGUGGCUUGAAAGAGAAGCACAGGCUCAAAUUGCAUUUAGAAAAAUGAGAGAAAGAGAAGAGAAAAAGGAAAGGGAGAGAAUUGAACAAGAGAGAAGAAUCAAAGAGGAAUGGGAAGAAGACCAACGUUUGAAGCAGGAAAAGGAAGAGAAGAAAAAACAAGAAAUCCAAGAAAAAGAGGUGAUUUGGCUAUUUGGGCAAAUGUUGCUGAAUACAACCCUGAGAGAACCUUUACAAAGGCCAUCAUCCAUGGUUAUGUCUUGGCUACGUAAAGAAGUGGAAACUCCACAGAUACAUGUAGCUCUUUAUCAUUAUUUGGUUGAUUUGUUUAUAAUUAAGAGAAUGCUGUAUUUAAAGAACUUGAAAAACCUGCAGAACAGACAAGUAAAGACCAGUGGCACAAUCCUCUUGCUCCAGCAUCUAUCUCAACCRAAUUAUGGAACUGAACAGGACGCUGUGAACUGCUCCUUUUAUCUCAAGACAGGAGCAUGUCGUUUUGGAGAAAGGUGCUCAAGGGUACAUCCUAGGUUACCUUCAAGUGUAACCUUAUUGAUACCUCACAUGUAUCAAGACAUUGGACUAUCGCAGACCAUGUUGGAUGAGGCUGACCAUGACACAGGGCUAGAAUAUGAUGAUGAAGAAGCUUAUGAAAGAUACAAAAACUUCUUUGAUGAUGUCUUACCAGAGUUUGAGAAAGCUGGAAAAGUUGUGCAAUUCAAGGUUUGUUGUAAUCAUGAGCCACAUCUGAGAGGAAAUGUGUAUGUACAAUUUUCAAGMGAAGAAGAGUGURCCCAGGCCUUUGCAGCCUUCAAUGGCCGAUGGUAUGCUGGUAAACAACUGUCCUGUGAAUAUUCUCCUGUCACUAAAUGGAGGUCUGCUAUUUGUGGAUUUUUUACUCGCAACCGCUGUCCACGAGGCAAGAAUUGUAAUUUUUUGCACGUUUACCGUAACCCUGGCAACGCUUUUAGAAGUAUGGACCGCGAUGACUUCUCUCCAGGMCAAACGCCUUACAGUGAACGGGGUUCAGAGCGUAGUAUGAGAGACUGGAGACGAGAUUCUAGGGACAGAGAAAGUAGCAUACGAGGAAGAAGUAGUGACAGUUAUGAAAGAACUAGAGAAUACCGGUAUAGUCRUGAACGCGAAAGAUACCGUAGCAGGGAACGUGACARAAGGCGUGACCGUGAAAGUCACGAUCGUCAUAAUAGUGAUCAUAAACGCAGAGAGCGUGACAAUAGUCAAGAUUAUCAUGAUUCUGAUGAGGAACGUAGAAGAAGGCGUUACGAAAAUCACACUGAAGUUGAUAAAGAUUCUCCUCAAAGGAGCAAACAGGAUCGUUUUGGACGUGAUGUUGAUCGUUCYCUYAGCAGAARRCAAGAGACGARUGGGAAUAAUYCMAAUAAAAGARAUYUGUCYGACCGAGACGACGAUGARCGKCAUAAAAGUAAAAUAUCACGUGAURGAGGCAGUGGUAGUAGUCAUAGUGACCGUAGUCAUAGUGACCAAGAAAAUGAUAAACGAAUAAMGUCAAGCGAUGUUGAGGUAGAUGAAUCCAGCGCGAAACGGCGACRUCACAAGAGAAARCAUACGCACAAACACAAGAAGUCGAAAAAGAAACAUAAAAACAAACGCAAAAGACAAUCAAGUGACAGUGAUGAAUGA